CGAAUCGCAAGUCCUUCUUCCUGCUGCUACUACUCUCAAUCUUCCUCCAUCCCGGGAAUCGACAGCCCAGCUUUAACUCCCGCCGAGUCAUGAGCCGCCCCAAAUCGAGAACCGCCGGCGACGACGCCACCGUCCCCUGCGACUUCUGCGUCGGCCGCGCCGCCGUACUCUACUGCCGGGCUGACUCCGCCAGGCUCUGCCUUCCCUGCGAUCGCCAUGUCCACUCCGCCAACCUCCUCUCCCGCAAGCACCUCCGCUCCCAGAUCUGCGACGCCUGCUCCUCCGAGCCCGCCUCCGCCUUCUGCUCCGCCGAGGACCUCGCCCUCUGCCAUGACUGCGACCUCGACGCCCACGCCGGCUGCUCCGCCUCCCACGCCCGCGACCCCGCAGAGGGCUUCUCGGGCUGCCCGUCCUCGCUCGAGCUCGCGUCGCUGUGGGACCUGGUCUCGGAGACGUGGUUCGGCGUUCAAGAGAUGACGGUGCCGGACGAGAAGGCGUUGGAGUUGCGUGACCAGAUUGGGAAGAGGCAUGGCCAGCAAUGCGGAAGGCGCAAGCGGGCCGUACACGAGCAGUUGAUGGAGUUGUUCGAGAGGGAUUGUUCGGCGGGCGGUGGUGGAAGAGGGGAGGAUCUGGGGCCGGCGACGCCGAACGCGGCGAACGCUGCUGGGAAAUGCGAGGUUGUGGACGGUAGCGAUGGUGGGUGCGAGCGGUUGUUGGAGAUUCAGGGCACGUCGUUCGAGUCGCUGCUGAUGUCGACGUCUCGGAGUGAUUGGGAAGAGAAUCUCGAGAGGGAGAUGAUGUGGGAUUGUCAUCCUAGCAAUCAAACCACUCAGACAUGGGAUUUUAACUUGGGACGGCUGAGGGGUCACGAAGAACCUGGCUCGGGGGAAGUUGAAUUCGGUACAAACAGCGAAGGCUUCAUGAUCAAGAAUUAUGAUGAGCUCAUGAGAGAAGUGCCUUUGCUGACGUCGAAAGCCUCAGACGAACUAUAUCACGUGAACUGCUCUUUGGUGGACGAAGCUAUGGCAUCGUUGAAUAAUAUUUUGAAUAACCCAGUUGUAAGACAUGGUUUGGCAACAAUUGAAAGCAAUAUAUGUUCAGUACCCCAACCCACAUCAGGUACAGCCCUUGCUAAAUACGAAGACUCGGUUUGCUCGAGAGAAUAUGAUGGCGGAGAACCAAAUGUGCUCAUGAAGCAUGACAGCGCAACGGCAUUGGCUACAUCGAAAGCCGACAUGGAGUUGCUAGCCCAGCACCGAGGCAAUGCCAUGCUCCGCUACAAGGAGAAGAGAAAAACUCGAAGAUUUGAAAAGCACAUACGGUAUGAGUCGAGGAAGACCAGAGCUGAUACUAGGAAGCGAGUGAAAGGCCGCUUUGUGAAGGCUAGUGAGGAAGCUCCUAAUGGCUGAACUCACACAUGAACGAGCUGAUGCUUUUCCGUUUCUCAAAACAUAUGUAAUCCUACUUUAAUUAACGCUAUAUGGUUCAGAGUGGUUUUUUAUUUUUAUUUUUACACGAGAUGAAUUUUUGAUCGAGCAAUUUUGCGCCUACCUAACAGAGUUCGCUUUUUUUGCUUCCGAAUA